GAGCCUCCGAAAAGUCAAAUACAUUCGAUCAAGCAUCAAAAAUGUCAUCUAUCGCCCUCAGUGACGAGGCUCUUGCUGCCCUGUAUGCCGGAAAUGGGCUAUGGUUCACAAGUGCCGUGGUCUACUUCGGCUUCCGACAGAGAUUGACGAUGCGCAUGUUAUCAAAGAGGCGGACCUCGUCUGACGCGGCGAUUCGCAUGCUGCGUGACGGAGAUAAAUGGCAAGGCCACCGGUCAUCGCACCAUGAUAUCAUGGCGUAUCUGGGUGGCAUGAACACCGCGCCAGCUUUACUUGCAUUCCUGCGACUCUGGGCUAUCUGGAAGUCACCGCGUUUCUUAUCAACUGGCACAAAGAAAGGCGAUAUAAAGGUCGACAUCAUGGCUUUGCUUGUUCUCGGCAUGGCGAACUUCUCUCAGGCGUUCUUGAACUUCACUACUUCGCGGAAGUCGGGCCGGUGGUUCCGAUCCUUUAUCUGGGAUACGGAUUCUCAUUUGAAAUCGCCCGAAGAGCGAUGGCUGUUGCGAAAGCUAGAUAUCGCGCUUCUCACGACAGGUUGUUUAGGGUUUUUCUUGAAAUAUCUCGACCAAACAAAUCUGUCAAAUGCAUACGUCAGUGGCAUGCAAGAGGAUCUCUCUAUGUACGGAAAUGAAUACACCUACGCGCAAACAUGCUACACGGUCGCCUACGCCAUCAUGCAGAUCCCUUCGACGUUGAUUAUCCAAAGAGUGCGGCCCCGAUACUGGCUCGCUGCGAUGGAAAUCGGAUGGGGUGUCUUCACGAUAGCCCAGGCUGGUAUGCAUAACGUAGGGGAGCUAUAUGCGUUUCGAUUUCUUGUCGGGUUGUUCGAGAGUUCGUUCUUUCCUUGCAUGCUUUUUGUGCUGGGGUCUUGGUAUACUAAAACUGAACUGGCAAAACGCAUCGCUAUCCUCCACAUGACUGCGCCCUUGGGAUCUGCGUUUAGUGGAUACCUGCAAGCAGCUGUAUAUAAAAACCUUAACGGCAACCAUGGACUCGAAGGAUGGCGAUGGCUUUACAUUGUCUGCGGAUGCAUGACCAUUCCCGUCGGCGCAAUCGCACUAUUCUGUUUCCCAGACAUUCCUCACAACACCAAAGCCUGGUACCUCACUAGCGAGGAAGUUCAAAUGUGCCUGGACCGCGUCCAGCGAUCCGGAAAAGCGCCCCCAGCCAAGUUAUCGUGGGCCACCUUCAAGCGCGUUGCGAUGAAAUGGCGAUGGUACGCCUUCACAUUGGGGUAUGUGCUGUACGGCUCGUCCUGCGCAGCAAGCAGCUACUUCGCCAUCUGGCUCAAGUCCGAGAAUUUCUCUGUUUCAGAGCGAAAUAUCAUUCCUACGGGGACCAACUUGAUUUCUGCAUUCUGUGUUGUUCUGUGGGGAUUCCUGGCCGAUUUCACUGGCAACAGAUUCGCGUUGGUGAUUUUGCCAUUGACAUACGGUUUAAUUCCAAACGGCAUCUUAGCCGCAUGGCCUGCUAGCAUUAAGUUGAAGGAGUUUGCCUUCCUGACGGAUGGAGUCCAGCUGAUGACUGCGAUCUUCUACACAUGGGCCAACGAAGUAUGUGCCGACGACAAUGAAGAACGCGCUCUAGUUGUAAGCAGCAUGAACGGAUUCCAAUAUGCAGUUGCUGCAUGGCUUCCCGUCGUCAUCUUCCCACAGACAGAAGCGCCGUCGUUCCGCAAGGGGUUUCCCGCCACGUUUGCAUUCGUCAUUGCUGCGCUCAUUUUGAUCGUCGUAAUACAACUUCUCGCGGUCCGGGAACGACGCUUGAAUGCUUUGAAGGCCGAAGAGAACUCCGUAGGAGAGGGUGAAGGUAGAUCUCAGCCGGAGGAAUCUGAGGAGGAGCAAAUCACAAAGAAGGGCGCAAAGACGACCGUGUCCGCACAAAUUGAUGUUUAA